AUGAAGGAUUUAGGACUGACUGAGGGCUUCUUCCCACACUUCAAACUGUCACCCAUUCCUCACAAGGCGCUGCCCCAACACGUCCGAUAUAUUUCUCAAUGUGCAAAUAGUGCACUAGGUAGAAGUCUGUGUGAGGGCGGAAGGUUGAGCGUUGAUCGGACCUCCAAAGAUGUCAUUCGCAUGUUGGCCGAAGUGUUUAGCAACGUGAGCGAAGGUCUUAGAUCCUUUCCGAGACUGCAGGAGGCGUAUGAGUUGGCAAAUGGUUCGGGCGCUUGGGUCUCUUCUGGUAUCACUCAACAAUCUCGGGCGGCAUUCCGGGGCGCUCUCAGCGAAUUGUCAAACUCUGCACUGGGAAAUCUUUUCGCGUCACUUGAAAAACUCGGACAACGUUCCGAGGCGCUUGCAGGGAUUGAAGAAAGUGUCAAGCUCUGGCAUGAGCUAGUUGCCGUCCAUCCGACACAAUGGCAUUCUGAAGCGCUCGUGAUGAUCGAAGAAAAUUUGACUCGAGCGCUCGGGUUUCUUUUUGUAUCACUCCACAAUCUCGGACGGCAUUCCGAGGCGCUCGCGGCGAUCGAAGGAAGUGUCAGACUCUGGCGCGAGCUAGUGUCAUUUAUCCGAUAUCGUAUGCCCCAGAUUUGGCUCGGGCACUCGAGAGUCUAG